AUGAAGGUGCUUGGGAGGUGGGAUGAGCACCACCCAAUCACAUCACCCACGGUGAGCUCACCAGGAUCGCUACAGGUAACCCCACGCCACCAUGGUGUCGUCAGCAUUAGCUUCCGUCCAGAGAUGUGCCAAAGCAUAAAAGCAGCAUAUUUUGCGCUGAAAAUUUUGUCAGAGUUGGCUGAAUAUUUGGUUCGUGUGUUUAACAUUAACAACGUGUUCUUUGUAUUGUCGUUUGCCGUGUCAGUCCAGUGUCAGGGACUGUGCGAAUUCGUUUCAACCAUAGGAACUCAUGCAAAUACGUUGAAGAUGGAAGGAGAGACUUGUGAUAGCAGUGCUUGUGGCAGCCCAGUUCCUUCAUUCGCCGCAGAACUACCGGUUGCCUAUGUUUCUGCGGAAGCAGAUUGUGGAGAUAAUCUGGCGACUGCGUCGACCGUGGAUUUACCAAUGUACACAAAGCUGCCUGAACCGCUGCAGGGAGCUCCAUCUUCAGUCCAUACAAAGCCAGAACCACCAUCUCAGCAUGCAGCGCAGCUCGACUCUAGUGUUCUGGGCACUGCCUAUCCUUGGGAGCUAUACGCCGAAUAUGCAAAACAGCUAGCAACUUGGAGCUCCCGGACGGACACGAAAACCAAUCAAGAAGAGGAGCUGCUCACGCUGUGCGACAGCAAGCGUGAACUUGUGCGGGAGUGGCUCAAGAGACCAGCUCGCCGUCAAGUCCUUUCUACUGACAUUGAAAACACAUGUCAUGUGGAAGGUCAAAAUGAGUACAAUAUAUGGUACGGGCGGCAUCUCACGGAUCGCUAUAACCACCCAAGCCACCUCGACCGUGAGGCUGCCUUAUACCGUUGUGAUCCAGAACUCGACGCUGGGUACACAGCAGCUGAUCUCCACCCAGGCAGCUCCGAAGGUUACAUUUGUGCCUUUUUUGCGAAGGGCUGCUGCACAAGAGGUAGUGAAUGCCGUUAUAAACACCGAAUUCCCACUCUCGAAGACGAGUACACGCUGGAGUGGAGCCGUGAUAUAUUUGGAAGGGAGCGACACAAGGAUCACCGAGAUGACAUGGGAGGGGCAGGGAGUUUUAACCAUGAGUGUAAAACACUUUUCGUAGGAGGCCUGCAGGUGGACCCACUGGAAGAAGACGGCAUACAAAGCCUCGAGCGGUUUCUGUGGGAAGCAUUUGGAGUUUGGGGGGAUUUAAAAGAGGUCCGGGUGAUACCAAAGAAGCUCAUUGGAUUUGUGACAUAUGCUUACAGGGUUCAAGCAGAGUUCGCAAAAGUUGCCAUGGCUGACCAGAACUUUGGAAAGUAUGGAACUCUGCUAAGCGUCAAAUGGGCACAUCAAGACGGAAAUGCUAAAAGGAAGAAUGAGAGCGAAGAAAAGGGCAAAAGGCAAAAGUCGGCAAAAGUAGGCGGGUUACUACAAGGCCAAACGACAGGCCAAGGCAAAGAGGAAACGGUUCGCAAAGCUCUUGAAAGCUACUGUUCUGCAUGGAAGGCAUAUUGGGCAGCAGUGUGUGCAGGGGGAAACCCGGCAGAUGAUACACUAGCAAAUCAGCAGGGCCCUCUUUCUUUGUCGUCGAUGGGAUUUCCACAAUUGUUCUCUAACCACAUGCUAGAGGGGCAUCAUAAUCUACCUGGCUUUGGAAGCAGUACCAGCCAGUGGCACACCGAAGAAAAAAGCAUCGGGGAUGAGGAAUCCCAGCGGCUGUUAAGUGUCUUGAAUCGUGUUGAAGGUCUUUCGAGCUCUGAUUUCCUAAGAGCUGGUGUUAUAGGUCCCUGUGAAUGA